AUGCCAAGUGCUGCUGCUGGAGCAGCUGCGACGUGGAAGCGUGCUGCUGCUGCUGCUGCUGGUGCUGCUGCUGGCAAUGCUUUCGAAGCUGCUGCGGCUGCUGCUGCUGAGGCGGCUGUGGAGUCUGCCUCGCAGGGGAUGUCACGGCAUGCAGCUGCGAGCUCGCCGUCUUCUAGCGCCGCUGCAGCCGCCGCCGCAGCAGCAGCAGCAGCUGCAGCACUUUCCUCAGAAGCC